CUACACUACCCACAAUUCCGCACGCGCGUCAACAGCAACAGCUAGGAUGUUGCGAUAUCGCUGGCAGCCGAAGAUUGCUGUGGUUGCAUGCAGAGAUUAGGCUGCUGGGUUGAAUCCUCCGUAUAUUGUUUUGGUAUAUGUCAAAUUCUGUGGUUUGUCGUUUGCAGCUGCGGUUGCAACAGACGGAUGCUUUAAUUUCUUGUCAACUCUGCGCUUGUUUUUGUUGGUGGAAGGCUGCAUCGCGCUAAUGCGUUAGCUUACUGAAAAUCACAGUUUUAACGUAAAUGAAAGCAAUUAAAUAGCUAGACGGGCAGCUAUGUGCCAUCAAACGGUUUGCUUCCCUUGACUGAGGAUGGAAAGAUUUUUUCGGGCCACGCUAUCACACAAGUUACACGUCGGAUACAUCGCACCCGGGGACAUUAUCUUCAGAGGAUAACCUGGAUAACCUUACACGAAAUGUCAUAGCGCGUAAGUAGCUAGCACUUAGCUAGCUUGGUAAUGGCUGGUCGAGAUGGAGAAGGACCUAAUGUUAUCAUCAUCAGCAGCCGACCAUGAACAGCUGGAUGGAUAGCUAAAGAAACACUUUCUCCGGAGAUGCUUUAGCCUCCUGGGUGGUGUAAUUCACUUACAUAACGGCUAGUCUCAACCGCUCUAGCUAUUACCAACUGGCUUGCGUUGGCAAGCAAGUGGGAAAUUUGCCACCAAAAAUCUGGGUUGUCUCAACAUCAUCAUAAGUGGCAAAGGCAUCACUGCAUGUUCUGAGGCUGCAAAUAGACUUCCUAUAAGGGGUCGGGUUUAUUAGGUUUACAAUCUGACGUGUCUGUCAGUGCAAUAAUUCAGUGCACAGGAAACAAGCUGUUCGUCUGUCUGUGAUUGAAGCCGCAGAUACUCCCCCUGUCCUUUCGACAACAUGAGGAAGUUCUUUGAUUCCCGUCGGGAGUUGGUGAGCUCCGGGCCUGGUUCUGGAGGAGGAGGUGGCAGCUCUGGAUCUCAUGCAGGCGGAAAUUUCAUUGGCAGAGCCUUUACUGUCGGGCGACACCAAGUCACUGUUGAGGAGAUCAUUGCUGAAGGUGGUUUUGCAAUCGUGUUCCUUGUGCGAACAAAUCAAGGGGUGCGCUGUGCCCUGAAGAGGAUGUAUGUCAAUAAUGAGCAUGAUCUCCAGGUGUGCAAAUGCGAGAUUCAAAUAAUGAAAGACCUUGUCGGUCACAAGAAUAUUGUUGGUUAUCUGGACUCAAGCAUUACGGCCAUGGGAUCGAGGGAUGUAUGGGAGGUUCUCAUCCUUAUGGACUACUGCAAGGGGGGGCAGGUGGUCAACUUGAUGAAUCAGAGGCUGCAGACUGGCUUCACCGAGACUGAGGUUCUGCAGAUCUUCUGUGACACCUGUGAUGCUGUUUCUCGCCUGCACCAGCGCAAGACGCCCAUCAUCCACAGAGACCUUAAGGUGGAGAACAUCCUCCUGCAUGACAAGGGUCAUUAUGUGCUGUGUGACUUUGGCAGUGCCACUAACAAGUUCCAGAGCCCACAGACUGAAGGAGUGGCUGCCGUGGAGGAAGAGAUCAAAAAGUACACCACAUUAUCAUAUCGCGCCCCUGAGAUGGUGAACCUCUACAACAACAAGAUCAUCACCACAAAAGCGGAUAUCUGGGCACUGGGCUGUUUGCUGUACAAGUUGUGCUUCUUCACUCUGCCCUUUGGUGAAAGCCAGGUGGCCAUCUGUGAUGGCAGUUUCACCAUUCCAGAUAACUCCCGCUACUCUUAUGAUCUUCACUGCCUCAUUCGGUACAUGCUGGAGCCAGACCCAGACAAAAGACCAGAUAUCUACCAGGUGUCCUACUUUGCUUUUAAACUAGCUCAGCGGACCUGCCCCGUUCAGAAUGUGAAGAAUUCUCCAAUUCCUUCUAAACUUCCUGAGCCAAUCAAAGCAAGUGAGGCUGCUGCAGCAAAGAAGAGCCAGACUAAGCCCAGACUGACAGAUCCAAUUCCCACCACUGAAACCUCCAUCACCCCUCGCCAGAGGCCCAAAGCAGCCCAUACCCAGCCCACAGCUGGCAUCCUACCCAUCCAGCCUGCUGCUCUCACCCCUCGCAAGCGAGCUAAUCUCCCUUGUGGUGCUGCUCAGCCUGUGGGAAUCAGCUUAGACCUCUCUCAGCCAGCUGCAGCUCUGCAGUCACAGAAGGCACAGUCACAAAACAAUUCAAGUCAGGCUGCGGCUCCACAGAAGCAGCCAGUGCAGCCAGCUGCAGCUGCAGGAGCAGAGACUGCAACAGCAGCAGCAGCAGUCGUGUCACCAGUGACCAAGGCUGACGUCGUACCACAAGGGCAGCCGAUAGUCCAGCAACAAAUCACACCUCCCUCUGUGGUCGGCGCCACCUCCCAGCAAGCAGCCCAGACUCCGUCGAGCCCAGCUCCCCCUCAGCGCCCAGCUCGGCGCAAGCAGACAGGCCAGGCUCAGCAACCGGCGGCUCAGCCUUCACCCAGCAUACCGACAGCCAGUCAGCCACCUGGACCUCUUCAGCAGCAAAUAACUCAGCCAUCGGCUGCCCAGGCUCAGCCCGCCUCCACUGAGAUCAGCCAAAAAGCAUCUGAGACAACCCCACCUGCCUCUCCAAAGACAACCGAAGAACGAGGCGACCAACGCACACCGAGUGACGCCACAGCGGGUGCCGUUGCUGGAGGCCCAGCGGGUGACUCCUCACAGCAGCCACAAGGAGCUAAUGGAGACGCUGCCCUCAACCAGCCGCUUACAUCUCAACCUGGCACUGCCCAGCCUGUUCAGCUCGCUGCUGGUGAUGGAGGACAGGACCAAAGCAAAGCGUCUGGCGGUGGCACCAACACACCCACGCAGCCAGCAUGGAACCCAUUUGAUGAUGACAACUUUUCCAACCUUACCGCAGAGGAAUUCAAAACUGAGGAUAAGAAGCCUUCUGAGCCACCUUCAGAACAGGAGCCAGCGUCCACUGAGGAGUUAAUACCAGGCCUGCAGGCCGCAACUGUGGAUAACACACCUCAAGAAACUGUUGAAAGACCAUCAGCCAUUCCCGAUGUAGAUUCAGGAGCCUCACUGUUGGUUGUCCCUGAUCCUUUCGGUACUCUUGAACUGUCAGAUGCUCCAGAGAAGCUGAUUGAAGGACUCAAAUCUCCGGACACGUCUUCGCUCAUGCUUCCCGACCUCUUGUCAUUGUCUGAUCCCUUCGGUGGCUCUGUGGAAGAGUCUGCAAAAGAGCCUCUCACUGCAGACGACUCUCUUCUGGGCUGCUCUCUGCUCUCCGGUCCGUCUGCCCCUCCAGCUGCAGGCAGUGCCACCUCCUCCGUCUCUUCAGCUCCCACCUCGGCUGCCUCUGCUCUGGAUGAUUUCAGUCUGCUGUCUGGAGACUCCGUGCAGCCUAUAGCAGACUCGUCCCUCCUAAUCUCAGAUUUUGAGCCCCAGCAAGCUAGCGCAGAGGCCGGCACAGAGGACGAGUUCGAUCCCAUUCCCGUCACGGGCCGAAAGAACUCCCAAGUUUCAGGAGGCCACUCGCGUAGUAACAGUGGCGGCUCUGAAUCCAGCCUGCCCAGCUUGGCGCGCUCCCUGCUGCUGGUGGACCAGCUCAUCGACUUGUAGGCGCCCCACAUCCCCCCCUCCCUCCGUCCCCAGUAGAAGCUGUAACACUGGAUUAUAGACUGGCAUAGCAUAACAGCAAUCAACACUGUUGUCAUAGCUAGCUUCCUGCUCCUCCCCGGCUGUCAUCUCCGUUCUAAUUCCUACAGUAGAAUCAGCCUUCGCCUUUCUGUGCUUCUUCAUUCCAUCCCUCUCUGCCAUAUAUACUGCAUUAUCUGGCUUCUCCUCACCUCUCAUCUCUCCCCCUCUCACUCACAUUUUCUCUUUGUUGUAGUCUUCACAUGUCACGUUGUCAUUCAUUGGUUAACGAGUGGCCAGUACACUAACAUUAUCCUUUCUAAAGACAAACCAUUACCACCUUUCUGUCAGUCAGGAUAUAAUAUUGCUAUCCCGUUUGUUUGAACAAUAUUGCAUUAUGUCUAAUAGCAAACAAUAGAAGAUCAUUGUUGUAAUGUACAAUAAGCAUAGUUGUAAGUGGUUGUAGUUCUUAUGGUGCACAAGUGAAUUUGUCGUCGUUUGCCUUUUUAAAUUCUCCUCCCCAGAUUUAUUUGCACAUUUUAAAGUAAAACCAUGGAAAAGUUCAAUGAGCAUUUUGUUCAAUUGAGGUCAGUUUAUUUCUUCUAUAAAAGGGAAACAUAGUCAUGUAGCCUGAUUUGCACAGUAGCAUUAAUGUUACAUUUAUGAGCGCUGUUGUCAAUAACAAUUUAAAGCUGCUAAAGAUCAGACUGAAAAAUUACAUCAAACGAUUUGGAACAGAACAGCCAGAACCACUCGUGUUACAAACACCACUCUUAUGUUAUUGUGACGAAGAGAAGAGCAGGACACUAAAGGUUUUCUCUCGAUUAGAUUAAAGUGAAGUGCCAUACAAUAAUAAGUGAAGCAAACUGCUGACCGCUGAAGCUGGAUCACAUAAACUCAAAAUACAGCUACAAAACAAAUGACCAUUCGAGGUCUACCUCGAAACAAGGACCUAUUAUUUUUUUAGCUUAUUUUAUUGAUUUUAUCCUUGAGUAAAGCAAUAGGUUGUUUUGGAAUUAAAUGACAAAUCGGGGUCAUUUAACAGUGUUUAUAGCAGUGUGCCAUAUCAAUAGAAAAUGCAUGGAAACAUGAAAAUAAUUUGAAUUAUCAACAAUAAUAGGAAAUGGUAGAAAUACAAUAGAUAUUAUAUACAUACAAAGAUAUUGGAGAGAGAGAGGGAGACCAUUCAUGACUUUUCAGGUCAGUUUUGGCCCAGAAAUGGUCUAAUAUGGCUUUUUAAAAAAUUAUUUUCAUUUAAUCUCACUUUUUAAUUUACUAUCAACACAAACAUCCAUUCCACAUUGUGCAGUCCUCCCUACAUUCCUGUCAUUUGUUUACUCCUUACUUAUGUAAAUAGAUAUCUGCAACCCCUGUGGGCUCUUAUCCGGACCAUAGAGUUGUUUAUUCUUCCCAUGUAUAUAUUAAGUCAUCGUCAUAAAGCUUUACUUGUGGAAAACAUAUUGCUUUACGUGUGAAAUAUCAUCAUAUAUAUAACUAUAUACUGUGUGUGUAUAUAUAGAUAUAUAUAUGAAUGAAAAAUGACAUUGGUUUCCUGUUAAUAAAUGUUAAUAUGAAUAGAGUGUUAGAGAAUGAAUGUAAGAAAUAAAUAUUAGUCUAUAUUAAAAAAAAAAUAUCUAUGAUUCUUAACACCAUAAUCACUGAAUAAUAUUGAAGAAUACUCUAUAUAAAUAUUUCAUUCCUCUUUGUGGAAUUAUGUGUUGAGAAAGUUUUUUUUUUCUUGAAUAUAUCUAUUCAGUUAUUGUCAGUACAUUCAAAUGUAUAGAUAAUAAUCCUGGUCUUGGUUCAACCUGGAGUUUAGGCUGAAUUCCAUGUCUUAUUCCACCUCCUCUUCCUCCGUGAAAAGAACGCGAGCCCGUGUUUUUGUUUGUUUACGUGGACUGACGAAGGAUUUUUAUUCGAAACAGUUGACAGUUUUCUGGAAAAGCUUAACCCUCCUGAAUCUGUUUCAUUUCAUAGCUAAAAUUUUUUCUGAAUUUGUGCUUCGUAAAGCUUUGUUUUGCUUUACCGGUUUUAGUGAUCACAGAAUUCAUAUCAAAAAGCAUGGCAGUGUUGUUGAAUGUUAUGUUCAUGUGUGUUGGUAUACAGUGUUAUGAUAAGUAUGUGUAUGCGUGUGUGUGUGUGUGUGCGUGCGUGUUGAGUCAGAAUUGUUGGACGUGUGUUUCCAGUAGCCUAACUGUGUUGCUGUUUGCUGCAAAUAUGGCGACAGUUUACGUUGUCAUUAAAAUCUCUUCUGAAAGC